UCUGUUGGCAACAUCAAAAGAACAGUUUUAUAUUUCGUUGGAUUGGCUGAUUUGCAAAUGCACAACAUAAAUGAUACUAAGAAAAUGUACACAACUUUUUCCAGAAUGAGUUUUCUCAAAUAAAACCUCGCUUGUACACUUUAUAAAGUACAUCAUGCAUUUACUAUAUCGGAACAGGUUAAGCAUAAUUUAACACUUAGACUAGAAACCGGUUUUAUUAAAAUGAAAUUAUUUGGAUCUAAUGUAAAAUGUAUUCAAUAGCCAUCAAAUCAUAAAUAAAUUAUGUAGUAUCAGUGUAAUGAAUACUGCCUUAAGUAAAUGUUAUAUGAGAUGUAGGUAUCAAAUGAAAUGCUGAACUUUACCACCAGUAUACCGAUUGGAUCCACAAGGAUUCUAAGUUGUCCAAGUUCAGAUAAUAUUGACAAAUAUAUAUUAGAAAUACAAGAUGAAAAAAUAGCACAUAAGUACAUAAUAAACAAUUGUUUUUGAUCAAAAUUAAU